AUGGGGUCGCGUCUAUCGCCCAAAGGCCGAACCGCACGGCCGACCGCCGAAGAGCCGUCGUCCACCGUCGCGGUGCCGUGGGCUCCUGGGCAGCCUUCCAUUCCCGCCCAGAAAUUCCCUUCCCAGGCUUGGGGUACAUCCAGCCACGGCUCAAGCCACGAAUGCGCUGCUGCCAUUGGUCCAGAAAGGAGACCAGAAUCCGAGUGCCCAAUAAGAACCCAGGCAUUCUCUGAACUGUCCAGUCACCGCUGCCUUUUGGGGCCUGGGGGCCGCGCAAACGGGCCGGUAGUAACCCCACCGUGGCUACGCCGAAAACGGGAAUCACAGCCCCGAACGGGCCGGCCGCUUCUGCGACCGCGAAUAUGCUCUGGGUUCCAUGAGAUAUCCAACUUCACCAAAUCACAGCCUUCCUCUGGCCGCAUCACCGGCCGCAUCCCUCCAACUGUCGCGGCCCUCCUCGACCCGGUCCAUUUUGCUGUGCAGCGUGCUCCUACGACCGUCAUAAACACCUCACAAGGCUUUCUUCGAAGCAUAGGACCGCUGUUCCCUCUGUGGUUCCAAACUCCCGGGAAUCGGUUGGAACGCCUUACAAGCCAGAAGGAAGGGGGUCCAUGGCCGAGAGGCCUCACGAUGGUCCUGGUCUACCCUACCCUAGGCAGUUGGGUAUUCGGACUUGUUCGGUGCAACCUAGAGCCAACCAGACUGGAUCAGCGACAGGAUCAUCACGGUAUCUCAUUCGUCUUCUUGUACGGCUCCCGAUAA